GAUGUCAAAUCCUAACGCAGAUCCACCUCCACCGCUCAAUUCCGAAAGUAUUGUACACGAGUCACAGCACGCUGACCCCGUCGGCGACCUUCAUGCCCGCACUUUCUCAGCCGACAAUAAGAUUCUACUCUUCCAGGUCAAGGUCUUCCUCGCUGCCUCCGAGGAGGUCGAUGCCGAUACAGAGACGAUUGAAGAUAUCCUCGAAGUGCUUGGUCCAGAAGAGCAUGACGACGAGGGCGACGAUGCGCAUACAGAAAUGCAAAUAGACCAGGAUAGCCAAGAGGAAGACUCGUCGCACGACGAAGACGAUGGCGGCGCGCACGAGUUUCCGAGCCGCUCAGGUUCCAACACGCCGCUCAAGACUCAAGAACAGCAAACCUGGUCCAAAGAAGAUAUAAAGGAGAUGAUGCACCUCCUUAAAGAAUACGGUGAAACUGCGUUUAUGCAAGAAUACGUUCGGACGCGUAAUAUUCCCAUCGUCAAGCUCUUGCAGGCUUUUGGGAUAGACUUGUGCCCAGAACUGAGAAACAGACGCCCUAGAACGAUGCUCUAUUUCCUUCGCGUCGUGAUCGCCCACAGGCUUCAGAAGCGCGAGAAGCUGCCCGAAUACAACACGAUCGAAGACGCGCUCGAGCUCAUCCGCAAGUCACAGCGGAUCCUCAUCUUAACAGGCGCUGGAAUUGGUGUUUCGUGUGGAAUUCCCGACUUCCGUUCGCGUGAUGGUUUGUAUGCAUCGUUGAAGAACAAGGGAGACUACGAUUUAGACGACCCGCAGCAAAGGUUUGACAUUCAGUACUUCAAAGAAAACCCUUCCGUUUUCUGCUCAUUUGCAAGUCAAAUCUAUCCCGCGAACUUUGUGCCUUCCCCAUGCCACCGAUUUAUCAAAGUCGUCGAAGAUCAAGGCAAGCUACUUCGGAACUACACCCAGAACAUUGACACCCUCGAGACCCUUGCUGGUGUAAAGAAGGUGCUCCAAUGCCACGGUUCCUUUGCCACCGCGAGUUGUUUACAGUGCCGCCGGCGUGUCCCCGGACCGGAGAUAGAGGGGGAGAUCAUGAGCCAGCGGGUCCCACUCUGCACGGUGUGCAAUAAUGGCCCGGCAGCAGUGCCCGUGAAGCACAAGAAAGUGAGCAAGAAAAAGGCAAAAGGCGAGUGGGACAGCGAGGAGGAGGAUGAGAGCGAUGCGCCAGAGUACCCGCCGGGAAUUAUGAAGCCCGAUAUUACAUUCUUCGGCGAGAAAUUGAACGACGACUUUGAUCGCUCGCUGGCUGAAGACCGGUGGAAGGUCGACUUGCUCCUGGUAAUCGGAACGUCUCUGAAGGUUUCACCCGUGGCAGAGAUACUAGCGCAUCUGCCGCAUUCGAUACCGCAGAUCCUUAUCAACAAGACACCCAUUCGGCACAUAAACCCAGAGAUUGUGCUACUCGGGAAUGCAGAUGAUAUCGUCCUGCACCUCUGCAAUGAGUUGGGAUGGGAGCUGCCUCCUCCUACGCCAGCCCCCGCAGAGACAGCACCUAUUAUAGGCUCGAGAAGCGGCGUUAAUGGGGCUGGACGAUUGCAACCGCCGAGAGUGAGCAAUUUAAAGAAGAGGGCGUCGUCUUCGGGCCAGGAUGCAGAGUUCAGGCUGCCUUUGCCUCCAAGGCGGAUCGGUGACAGCCACGUUUAUUUAUUCGACGGUGCCGACGGCGGGAAGUGGCUGCAACAACUUCGGAAGAAACUAGGUAUCGCAUCCGCUCCUCCCAGCGCGCCCGGAUCGGGAUACAACACACGGUCAUCCACUCCGGCGCUUAGCCCUGCCAAGAUUGCUGAGGCGAAUGGCAGAAGGGAGGCGAAGAAACCAAGGAUCGCCUA